CCUCCGUCUCCAUUAGCAUAUUCCCUUGUUCUUUUUUGUUCCAAAAGAAGAAGUGAAAAACUAAAACACACACACACACACACACAUCCGGAUCGCCCAUCAGGGUAUGGGUUUGGCUGAAGACGAAUUGUAGCUGCAAGGUUCCUGUGGGGAUCUCGUUUCAUCUGGGGUGAAGAGAUUAGGAGUAUGAUUGUCUGCACCGACAUUAAUAAUGAAGCGUUUUGUGUAUAUCAAUGAUGAUGAUUCAUCGCAUGAGCUUUACUGUGAUAAUCGUGUAUCGAACAGAAAAUAUACAUUGUUAAAUUUCAUCCCAAAAAAUUUAUGGGAACAGUUCAGCCGGUUUAUGAAUCAGUACUUUUUGUUGAUUGCCUGCCUUCAACUAUGGCCACUAAUAACUCCUGUAAAUCCUGCUAGUACAUGGGGGCCACUCAUAUUUAUAUUUGCAGUUUCGGCAAUAAAAGAGGGAUGGGAUGAUUACUGUAGAUAUGUUUCCGACAAGAAAGCAAAUGAGAAAGAAGUGUGGGUUGUAAGACAGGGUUCUAAGAAACUACUUCAAGCUCAAGAGAUUCACGUUGGUAAUCUGGUGUGGCUCCGUGAAAAUGAUGAAGUUCCAUGUGAUCUCAUUCUACUUGGUACCUCUGAACCACAAGGAGUUUGCUAUAUAGAGACCGCUGCUCUAGACGGUGAAACUGAUCUUAAAACAAGGAGCAUUCCUCCUGCUUGCAUGGGCAUCGACUCUGACUUGUUGCACAAAAUAAAGGGUGUGAUUGAGUGCCCAAACCCGGAUAAAGACAUUAGAAGGUUUGAUGCAAAUCUUCGGCUGUUCCCUCCGUUUUUAGAUAAUGAUGUCUGCCCUCUAACCAUAAAAAAUACAAUCCUACAAUCGUGCUAUUUACGGAACACUGAUUGGGCUUGUGGCGUUGCUGUGUAUACAGGAAAUGAGACCAAGAUGGGUAUGAGUAGAGGUGUAGCAGAACCAAAGCUUACUGCUAUGGAUGCGAUGAUUGACAAGUUGACUGGUGCUAUAUUCAUUUUUCAAAUUGUAGUGGUUAUGGUUCUAGGCAUAGCUGGGAAUAUAUGGAAGGAUACGGAAGCAAGAAAGCACUGGUAUGUUCUAUAUCCAGAUGAGGGUCCAUGGUAUGAACUACUGAUCAUACCUUUGCGAUUUGAGCUUCUUUGUUCCAUCAUGAUACCCAUAUCUAUAAAGGUGUCAUUGGAUCUGGUUAAGAGUUUGUAUGCGAAGUUCAUUGAUUGGGACAAGCAGAUGGUUGAUCAAGAGACGGGCACCGCAGCCAAUGCCACAAAUACAGCAAUUAGUGAAGACUUGGGGCAAGUUGAGUACAUACUGACAGAUAAAACCGGAACACUCACAGAAAAUAAAAUGAUCUUUAAGAGAUGUUGCAUAGCAGGGACAUUCUAUGGUAACGAAAACGGAGAUGCUGUAAAAGAUGUGGAACUACUAAACGCCAUCAAUACUGGUUCUCCAGAUGCCAUUAAAUUUCUGACAGUCAUGGCAAUAUGCAACACUGUCAUUCCUAUUAAAAGCCCAAGUGGUACAAUAUCUUAUAAGGCGCAGUCUCAGGAUGAGGAGGCCCUAGUGCGUGCAGCUGCUUCCAUGCAUAUGAUUUUUGUCAACAAGAAUUCUAAUAUGCUUGAUAUCAACUUUAAUGGUUCUUUAAUUCAGUAUGAGGUGCUGGACUACUUGGAGUUUACCUCUGAUAGGAAAAGAAUGUCAGUGGUAGUUAAAGAUUGCAGUAGCAACAAAAUCAUUCUUUUGUCUAAAGGAGCAGAUGAAGCUAUUCUUCCUUGUGCACAUGCUGGACAUCAAACAAAGACAGUUUCUGAAGCUGUAGAUCAGUAUGCCCAAAUGGGUCUACGUACCUUUUGCUUGGCUUGGCGUGAGUUAAAUGAGAUCGAGUAUCAAGAUUGGUCCUUGAUGUUUAAAGAGGCUAAUAGCAUAUUAGUCGACAGAGAGUGGAGAGUAGCAGAGGUUUGCCAAAGAUUAGAACAUGAUCUUGAGAUUCUUGGGGUUGCUGCAAUUGAGGACCGUUUACAGGAUGGUGUCCCAGAGACUAUUGAAACCCUCAGAAAAGCUGGAAUAAAUUUUUGGAUGUUGACUGGAGACAAGCAGAAUACUGCCAUACAGAUUGCUCUGUCAUGCAAUUUUGUUUCCCCAGAACCAAAAGGCCAACUUCUGUUGAUUAAUGGAAAAACGGAGGAUGAAGUACGCAGAACUCUUGAGAGAGUUCUGCUUACAAUGAGAAUAACAAAAGCAGAACCUAAGGAUGUGGCUUUUGUCAUUGAUGGAUGGGCUCUUGAAAUUGCACUCAAGUAUUAUCGAAAAGCAUUCACAGAGUUAGCAAUAUUGUCAAGAACAGCUAUAUGUUGUCGGGUCACACCAUCACAGAAGGCACAGCUUGUAGAGCUCCUUAAAUCUUGUGACUAUAGAACUCUGGCCAUCGGAGAUGGUGGGAAUGAUGUGAGAAUGAUCCAACAAGCUGAUAUUGGUGUUGGGAUUAGUGGGAGAGAAGGACUACAGGCAGCAAGGGCAGCUGAUUAUAGUAUUGGGAAGUUCAGGUUUCUGAAAAGAUUGAUACUUGUCCAUGGACGGUAUUCAUAUAAUCGUACUGCGUUUCUUUCCCAGUAUUCAUUCUAUAAAUCCUUACUGAUAUGCUUCAUCCAGAUAUUCUUCUCUUUCGUUUCUGGUGUUUCUGGUACCAGCCUUUUCAACUCUGUCAGCCUUAUGGCUUACAAUGUUUUCUACACAAGUGUUCCCGUGUUAGUCAGCGUCCUUGAUAAAGACCUCAGUGAAAAAACUGUUAUGCAGCACCCUCAAAUAUUAUUUUACUGUCAAGCAGGGAGGCUUCUGAAUCCAACUACAUUUGCUGGCUGGUUUGGACGUGCUCUUUUUCAUGCAAUUGUUGUGUUUGCGAUAACUAUGCAUUCAUAUGCAUUUGAGAAAAGUGAGAUGGAGGAGGUUUCUAUGGUGGCUCUCUCUGGCUGUGUUUGGUUGCAGGCUUUUGUGGUCACACUAGAAACCAACUCGUUUACAAUAUUGCAACAUGUUGCCAUAUGGGGGAAUUUGGUAGUUUUCUAUAUCAUCAACUGGAUUGUGAGUGGGUUGCCUCGAUCUGGCAUGUACACCAUCAUGUACCGCCUGUGUAGACAACCAGCUUACUGGAAUACCAUGUUUCUCAUAGUGGCAGCCGGAAUGGGCCCAGUGCUAGCUUUGAAGUACUUCAGAUACACAUACAGAUCAAGUAAAAUCAACAUUCUCCAACAAGCAGAGCGUUUGGGUGGGCCCAUCUUAUCACUGGGAAACAUCGAACCACAGCCAAGAACCUUGGACACCGAUCUUGCCCCGUUGUCAAUUUCCCAGACCAAAAAUGGUAGGAACUCUGUGUUUGAGCCUCUUCUCUCUGAUUCACCAAGUGCUAUCAGACGGUCUUUUGGACCAGGUGCUACAUUUGAUUUUUUUCAGUCUCAACCCAAGUCUUCGAGCUAUCCAAGAAAUAAGGACAAUUAAACACCCAAAAAGAGAAAUUUUCAACAUUCUAACAGAGCCUAAUUUAUAACCUGUAUAUUCUGUAAAUCUUGUGCUUAGAUAUUAGCAAUGGCUACUUUCAGUCUGUUAGCAUCAUUAUUGUUUUAAUUGAUAUUAGCAUGUCAUCUUUCACUUA